UCCUGCUCGCGAGACAGAAAAUAGGAGGGCUUUGGACUAAUCAGUAUUUGAGGCUUGCGCGAGCAAGCGUCAGAGUGGACGAGCGCGCGCUCUGGAGCGAGGCGUGGACGACAAGGUGGACGGCAGCGACAAGUCAGUGCAUUCACCCGAUACCACACGAGCGAUAGACGCGAAACAGUAGCUCACAUAUUUGAUUUUGCACGGUCCAAUAUAGUCUCCGAAUGAACAGCCAUGGGGGAAUGGACAAUUCUCGAGCGUCUCCUGGAGGCGGCUGUCCAGCAGCACUCUACUAUGAUCGGCAGGAUCCUACUGACAGUAGUGGUGAUCUUCCGGAUUCUAAUCGUGGCGAUAGUAGGGGAGACCGUGUACGACGACGAGCAGUCCAUGUUCGUGUGUAACACCUUACAGCCGGGCUGUAACCAAGCUUGUUACGACAAAGCGUUCCCUAUAUCUCACAUCAGAUACUGGGUGUUCCAGAUCAUCAUGGUGUGCACCCCGAGUCUUUGCUUCAUCACAUAUUCGGUGCAUCAGUCCGCCAAACAGAAGGAGCGGAGAUACUCCACAGUCUACCUCUCCCUAGAUAGAGAUCCUGAAUCGAUGAAACGAGACAACAGCAAAAAGAUCAAAAACACCCUCGUGAACGGAGUACUUCAGAACACGGAAAAUUCCACCAAAGAGUCCGAGCCCGACUGCUUGGAAGUGAAAGAGAUCCCCAGUUCGGCUAUGAGAACUACCAAAUCUAAAAUGAGAAGGCAAGAGGGCAUCUCGCGCUUUUACAUCAUUCAGGUGGUUUUUAGGAACGCGCUGGAGAUCGGCUUCCUGGUGGGUCAAUAUUUCUUGUACGGAUUCAACGUGCCCGCGGUGUACGAGUGCGACCGGUACCCUUGCAUCAAAGACGUCGAGUGCUACGUUUCGAGACCCACGGAGAAAACCGUGUUCCUCGUCUUCAUGUUCGCGGUCAGUGGGCUUUGCGUAGUGCUCAACCUAGCCGAACUCAAUCACCUGGGCUGGAGGAAAAUUAAAACGGCGGUGAGGGGGGUGCAGGCCAGGAGGAAGUCCAUAUAUGAGAUCAGAAACAAGGACUUGCCGCGGAUGAGUAUGCCGAAUUUCGGCCGCACCCAGUCAAGUGACUCCGCCUACGUCUAACGCUCCCAUCGUAUAGAUUCAUUCGAUUAUAUAUAUAGAAGAAAAGUUACGUUAUGAACUAUUCAUCUCACCUGUUUCAUGGUGGGGUAGAUGGAUUUUAUUUGUCUGUUAUGGACAACCAAAUCAAACGGACCAAACGUUUGUUUCUUAUCAGUUACUGAAGAGCACUGAUGCAACUUUUUAGCAUUGUUAAUAUUUGUAUUGGUCCGGACGGAAAGCUUACAAUAUGUUUUAUUUGUCCACAUGAUCAGAUGAACCCGAAUAUGUUUUGCACUAAAUAUACAUUUUAAGAAGCCAAACGAACCCGAUUUGUGCUGUGUAGUUUUAUAUAUAAAUAGCCUAUAUACUCACCGUAUAUAGCCUAUAGGUAGGGUACAACGGGGCUUAAGAAAAUUUUGUCACAAAAUGCAUCAAAAAUAAUAAUAUUUUUAUUGAAUAUCUAUGGAGCAACAUCAUUUGUGUGACAAAAAAUAAGAACGGAAGGUUGUUUUGAUUAAAAUUCAGUUUUUAAGAAAAGGUGGUAUGGGAGCCUUUUAACCCACACACUUGAGGUAAAAGUCCCACACACUUGAGGUAAAAGUCCCACACACUUGGGGUAAAAGUCCCACACACUUGGGGUAAAAGUCCCACACACUUGGGGUAAAAGGCCCUAGGGGGUUUAAAGUGAUAUUGUGUAGAUAGAAGAGCAAUAGUUAGCCUAAAAUGCACAAUUUGUAAACUAAUGCAAAUAAUAUUUAGACAGCAAGAUGACUUUUUGAGUAACAAAGUAAGACAUAAAUACUUCAGAAAAGGCUGCACGAUUUCCUGUUAAUUUUAAACACAUUUGGCAUUUUAUAACAUCAAGUAUUCUAUAAACAAAUUCGUCUCGAUUGGACAGUUAAUAAAAAAAACUUUGGAUUUAAUGACCUUGAACAAAACUGAAAAUGAUAAAUAAGUAUUUUGUCUCAAAAUAAAUGUGUUAAAUUUCAUAAAUUUGCAACAUUUUAAAAAAUAUAAAAAAUUAGAUCAAAUUGCCUCCAAAUCAACCUUUAGACACCACACGCAAAGAUCUCAUGGAUCAGUAAUUUUUUUGCAGUGCAUACUGCAUAGUGACAAACAGUACUGUGGUAGUUUGUGGUGCUAUUUAGUGUUUUGGGAGAAAAUAAAAUCAAAGGAGCCUUUUACCCCGUUGUACCAUAUAUAUUUAUAGCAUAGCUGUAUAUAGAUAUUCUCAUUCUCAAAAAAUACUCUGGUUUCAGAUAGUAGCACAUACAAUAGUUUGUUUACUCACAAAUAGUUAGAGCGCAGUUUAUAAAUGUUUAUCCAUACUAAAUGAAUCAUAUCUCUCUGUUAGCUUAGAUCAAAUAGAUUGCCAUCUUUAAUAAUUUGGUUGCCUGUGCUUGCACCACUGACCUUAACGUAAGUUAUCGUUCCGUUGUGUUCAAACUGACUUGCAGAUAAGUAGCCAGUGAACUGGCCAAUGCUGCAUAACGCUUAACUGUCUAUCUUUUUCAUUUGUUUUGUUUUAUUUGUUUGUUUGUUUGUUUGAUUGUUUGUUUGUUUGUUUUUGACACCAAAGCGCCCAUUGCUUUCAUUUGUGGGAAACUGAUCUCUUGCUUUUAUGUAUUCAAGUGCCAUAUAUGUACAUAGAUAUAUAAAUAUUAUAGUAUAUUGUAAUACUUAUUGUGAGAAAUGAAUUCCAUGAGCUCUUUGCAUAGACUGUUCCAAAGGACGUCCUAUACUGUAUCCCUUUAAUGUGAGAUGUUGGGGAAUGGAAGAGUGAGCAAACAUCCAUACAUAUUUUGCAUUCAUGAAAAGUAUGAUAAUGCAUUUAAAGCACAGUUGAGUUAAAAAGUGAAUAAGGGGUUGAGAUUCAUUUCCCCUGGUGCUUCUAUUUCUAAAAAAAAAAAAAAAAAAAAAGUGAUGUUAGCAGAUUAUGUGAGAUGAAAUGAAAAAACAAAAAAAACAAAAAACAAAAACGAAUUUAAAAAUAAAAUGAUGGAAU